UCAAGAUGGCUGACACAGAGAAGCAAGUAAAGAAGAAAAAGAUUAAAGAAAUCAAACCAGGGAUUAUUUACUUGAGUAGAUUGCCACCAUUUAUGAAGCCAUCUAAAGUUAGAUAUAUAUUCUCUCAAUAUGGCGAAGUUGGAAGGCUUUUUCUUCAGCCUGAAGAUGAAUCUGUCAGAAAAAAGAGAAAGAAAUUUGGAGGAAGUGGAAGGAAAGCUUUUACAGAAGGAUGGGUUGAGUUUAAAAACAAAAAAAUAGCCAAACAAGUCGCUAAUUCCCUUAAUAACACAAUCAUUGGCGGAAAGAAAAAGAGUUUCUAUCAUGAUGAUAUCUGGAAUAUCAAAUAUCUACCAAGGUUCUUGUGGUCACAACUUAGUGAACAGAUUGGUAAGCAAGUAUAUAAGCUCAUAUACCCAUCAAAUUUCAUAUCAAUACCCUGAACCAACUUAUGGGCUGAUCAAAGUCAGGGCAUGACAAACUAACAAAUCAAACCCUGUAACGACCUUUGGGCUGAUCUACUCUACGUCAAGGUAUGGCUAAUAUAUAUAACUCACCAAUCAAAUUCUGAA